AUGCUUUGGUAUCGAAUUUCCUUUAGUAAGCUGAAUAUCUACGUGGCAACUUCUCGCCAGCUAAAGCGUCUGAUUUCUGUUACGCUUUCGCCGAUAUUCUCACAUUUUUCAGAAACUCUUUCUGGGGUGAGCACAAUUCGUGCCUACGGUCUUGGUGACCGUUAUGCUCAGUUAAAUGCCGCUCAUUUAGACUUGAAUAAUUCCGCAAAGUUCGUGGCGAUCAUUACAAACCGUUGGUUGUCCAUUCGAUUAGAAUUCAUGGGGAAUCUCAUUAGCAUGCUUGUAGCUGCUUUCUCCGUUGCAUCUCGUGGUCAGCUUACUGUUGGCUUCACUGGACUUGUUAUCAGUUACACCUUUAACCUCACCCAAUCGAUGGGCCACUUGAUCCGCUCCCUAGCCGAUUUAGAGAAUAAUAUUGUUUCUGUUGAAAGAAUUAAGGAGUAUUCCGAAGUCGUUCAAGAGGUGAAUCUUUCUGUCUUUUUUCAGUUAUUCAUAAAUUAUUUUGCUGUUGCUCUAUUGGAUUCGCAAAUUAUUCUUUUUUUAUUAACUCCAUAUCAAUUUUUUUAA